UUCACAGCUGAGCCACUGAUUGAGAGCACAAGACCGUGGAGGGGAAUCACCUGGCGAGAUUCAGAAAUGCAUGCCCUCAAGUGUAGUCGGCGGGAGCUCAUCUUCACUCCGCGUUUAGAAGUCGCCGAGCGGCUCAACAAGAACGAAGACGAGCGGCUGAACCGCCACCUACGUGCCAUCGAUGAGACCCGCGUACGACAGGUGGCCAGGGUCAAGGAGGAGCGACGACAGCUGCAGCAGGAACUGCAACACAUCCGCCACGACACCACCCCCUCACUGGAGGACCUGACGCUCGAAAUCCCACCGGACAUGUCCAGGACGUAUCUGCUCCAAAAGCGACACUCGCUGCCUUGCCUGCGUUUAACAUCUCCGAUUGUCCCCAGUCAAGAUGGCAUGGCGAGUAGGCGCUACUCAUCUGUUGCCAUUCCGACAGACUUCCAGAAGCGCAUGAGUGACUUCCUGGGUGUGCUGGAGCAGAUGAACUCAGGAGAAACGUCCGACGGACCUCCGCUCAGCGAGGAAGAGGGGGACACCUCAACUGAUUCUGAAGGGUUGAUCAUGGAAGAGAAGGAUGAGGAGGAGCUGCAGGACGAGGAGGGAGACGGGGCCGGAAUGUGUCGGAAGGACAUGGGACCCACCCUGGAGGAGGCCCUGAAUCAGGUGCGCAACUGCCGCUACCUCCGGCACCGCAUCCGUCCCGAAAUGGAGCGGGAGCUGAGCCCGCAGGAGAUCUUUGCCAAGGAGGAAUCGGAGUGCGAGGACAGCUGCCAAGAGCCACCUGGUAACCUUAACAGCAGCGAAGGUCACUGCCAAGGCGGCACCCACGCUCUACCUCGUCACGUUCCACAGAUGCCCGGCUAAAAAUAGAGCCCCUCGGGGUCAGGCAGUUCCUGAUAAACCUUUAUUGUGCAGUGAUUGCCAUUUAUCAGCGGAGCCUGUUUGCUUAUGUCACACGCGAGUGUUUACACGAUGAUCUCAGUGUCGAGCGACAUCUUGGGCCUUUCAAGCUGCCCAGUCCUCCUCCUCCUCCUCUUCCUCCUCCUCUGCUGGCGUUUAAACAAAUACAUAGAUUGUUAUCUGACUGGCUGUACGCCCCCUUGUGUUGAAGGGCUCUUCUGACGAGCUUUGUGAAAUGUUUGCUCUGUAGCUGAUUGACCGAUCAGAGCCAUUU